CCACCCACAGCGCAGCGCCGCCGCCAUAUUCUGCAGACAGAAGGGCAAUGGCGGCUCGCUUGCGUCGCUGAAACGCAGCCGGUUACUUUCCUUCGCGGACCCUUCCCACUAAUAUAACAAUACCACCGUAGUAAUAACAAUAAUAAACAUGGACGAACAUCCGAUAGGGAUGUCCUCACACAACAAUUCCGGAGGUCCUUUGCUGGGCCCGGGAAGCAACGGCAGCAACAACAACGGUGUCCGGCAGCAGCAGGGUCAGCUAGAGGAACUGCAGCAGCGGCCCCAGUACACUAUCCCCGGUAUCUUACACUAUAUCCAGCAUGAGUGGGCCCGCUUCGAGAUGGAGCGAGCGCACUGGGAGGUGGAGAGGGCCGAGCUUCAGGCUCGGAUAGCAUUUUUACAAGGAGAAAGGAAAGGUCAGGAAAACUUAAAGAAGGACCUAGUGAGAAGAAUAAAAAUGUUAGAAUAUGCUUUAAAACAAGAACGGUGA